AAAAAAAAAAAAAACACUCUGGAUGCCCCCUAUUGGGGCAAUUUUAUAUGAUAAUUUAUUUCCUGACGACAUCUCCAGCCAUGGUGGAUGCCCCCUAGUGGGUCAUUAUAAUUAUAAUAUUAAUUUAGGGAAAAUUAUUCCCCCACCAGAUGUUAUAUCUGUCGCCAGAUCCUGGCGGCACUAUCGUCCUGAUUUUUGUCAACCUUGUCAGAUCUAGCCAAUGUCUUUCCGUUAAUUCAAAGGACUCAUAAUCACACACAUAAGCAACUUCACACAAUGAGCCUGAAAUUAUCCAUGUCCAAGGAACCAGUAAAUCUCAAGUCAGGGAGAUUUCUCAAAUAUUUUCUUUAUUUAAAUAAUUGCCAAUCGCCUAAUAAAUAUCGUUACAUUUAAAAUGCAAAUAUUCAUAUAUAUAUUGAGCCAUAAAAAUUUUCCAAAAUCUAAUAAGUAUGAUAAUAAAACCCUCUGAGUCAGGGAAAUACUCCAUUCAUGUUAAUAAUUUGCCAAUUGCCAAGUAAACAAAUUCUCAUUUGAUUUAUUUUAAAUAAUUGGAAAAAGUUGCUAUAUAUGUACAUAUGCACGUUCUGAUUCCAUCGUUCCCAUGCAAGUAAAUGUUCGUACUUUAUUUUAUUCUGCCAUGUAUGAUCAGUCUCCGUGUGUUGAUGCGAGCGAACGCAACCAUUUUUUCCACGUGCUUUCUAUGUGUUAAAUUAAUGCCGAUUUAAGGCCAAAAUCGUUAAAAUUUAAUAUGAAAUAUUGGCCAACAGCCAAGGGCUGAUAAACUAAAAGAAAAAUUGAAUAUUUGUGCAAUUUCCCCAUUUACAAACAUACAUCUAAAGUGCAAUAUUUCCGUUUUCUUUUCUAGGGGAAAGAGAAGAAACCAUAAAACAUCGGCUGUGCAAUUUUAUUAUUUUAAUCUAUUUUAUUUUAUUUUAUUUUGUGUCAUAGUGCAAUUUUCGGGAUUUAAUUUUGCCAAUUAAAUCCCGCAAUACAUUUAUGUCACACAUACAUAUGCAUGCUAUUUAUUUCCCCAACUUAAAACGUGAUGGCCAGCUUAAGAGAGGAUAUAAAGAUUGGUGAGUUUAAGAACAAAACCUUUUUUACUCACACAUAUUGAUUUAACGCAUCGCAUCAAUGGGUUUUAAGGGAGGGAAUUUGAAACUCUGGGAAAUACAUACACAUAGAUCUACCCAAGUCACAAACCAUAAAGUAUUCACAUACUUGGGAUUUUGUUGCUAGCAUACACAUGUUGCUGCCAAAGUUAUGCACAUAUAUGUUGCUGCAACAAAACUAUUUCCCCUUCCCCCCCCUGCCCUAAUUGCACACACUAAAUAUUAUAAAUUGCACACUAUUUUACUAAUUGCACGCCAUUACCUAAUAUUGCACAAUUAUUAACACGCACUAAACGAAUCAUUUGAGUCUAAUAUUUUAUGAUAACAAAUGGGAAAUUAAUUCAACAUUAAAACACCUAUUAAUUAUUAACAUGCCCCGAAGCGAUUUUUAUUCUUUAUUUUCCUCAUUUUGUUAUCAUUUACUAAUUAAUAAAAUAUCUGACACAUUUUUUAUGAAUUUAUGACCCGACUCUUUUUUAUUUUAUGAACUAAUGAAUGAACUCUUGAAACAACUUUUCCCAGCUCUCGUCUUGGCAAACCCAAGCUGGUGAACUUGACCAAUAUUAUUUAGCCUUGGCCUGGCAAGCCUUGGCAAUUGAAUUUUGAUCCUGCAGAUUUUGAAUAUUAUUGAAGAAUCCUAAAUAUUUUCUUGAAUUCCAGAUGUCCCUGCUCUCGGCCUGGCAAGCCGAAGCAAACAAUUUUAUUUUGAUCCUUUUUUGUGGUUUUUCUAGAUUUUUCUUGUUUAGUAGUCUCUCUGCCUCUUGGUCUGGCAAACCAAAGCAGAUGAGCUGAUCUUGUGAAUGAUAAUGGAUGAAUUUGGCCAACGCUUGUGCUUGGCCAAAAUCUGAAUCUCAAUAUUUUUGCCUCGGUCUGGCAAACCAUAGCAAAUUUAUUUCUUUAUCCUUAAGAUUUUUCUAGAAUAACCCAGUGCAAUAAUUUUCUGUUUACGGCCUGGCAAACCUAAACAGCUGAUAGGAUCCUGCAAAGUACAACUUUUGAAUCUGGCCAAUAUUUAUUGGUCAAAUUUGGAAUUCUGAAUUUAUUUUUGUUUUUCUCCGGUCUGGCAAACCGAAAUAAUUUAUUUUAUUGUGUGAUGAUUUUCCUGCUUUCUGGUCUGGCAAACCAAAAGCAGUUGUGCGAAUUCUGCAGUAGUGAUAUUUACACUAAUUCCGAUCAACGAAAUGUCAAGUUUGAGUUCCAAGAAAAUCUGCCAACCCCUUUAUUCAGAUUGCAGUAUGAAACGAAUCCUGGAUAUCCUUGCCUAUGGACUGGCACUCCUAGGCAACAAGCCAGAUGCUGCAUUCUGUUAUUUCACGCAUUUGGCCAACUAGCUUGGCCAAAUUAGAAUUUUUGCCGCCGCCUGUCCCUGCCCUAGAUGGCCCAUUCUGGGCAAAACAAGAUGAAAGAAGGAAGUCCUGUUGACAGUCAAUCCUGCUGUCGCCCGCCAACGAGCCAGUCCCAGCCGCAAGUAGCGGCCAAGUCUGGCCAAAAAUCAUGGCCCAAUACAAAUGAAGGAUGUCCUCCUGGCAGUCAAUCCUGCUGUCGCCCGUCAACGAGCCAGUCCCAGCCGCAAGUAGCGGCCAAGUCUGGCCAAUAAUUAUGGCCCAAUGCAAAUGAAGGAUGUCCUGCUGACAGUCAAUCCUGGCCGUCAUCCGUCAAUGAGCCAGUCCCAGCCGCAAAUAUGCGGCCAAGUCUGGCCAAAAAUCUUGGCCCAAUGCAAAUGAAGGAUGUCCUCUUGGCAGUCAAUCCUGGCUGUCUCCCGUCAACGAGCCAGUCUUAGCUGCAAGUAGCGGCUAACUCUGGCCAUAAAUCAUGGCCCAAUGCAAAUGAAGGACGUCCUAUUGGCAGUCAAUCCUGGCUGUCUCCCGCAAGCAGCGGCCAAGUCCGGGCCAUAAUUUGGGCCCAAUGCAAAUGAAGGAUGUCCUGAGGGCGACCAAUCCUGGCCGCCCAUUACCAAUGAGCCCGACUCAGCCCCCAAUUGUGGCCAUGUCGGGCCAUCCAGGCGUCCUCCAUCCUCUGAUGUCUUGGCCUGGAGGGCAUCCACCGAUCAGGAUGCUGAAGAUGUUUUGCACUCGCCCUGGAUUGGAGAUGACCCCCCCCCUGCCUGGAUGAGGAUGGCCUAUUUGAAGGGCCCAACGCUGGACAUCCUUCUCAAUGGACUUUAGAUAAUUAUUCUCAUCUUGUUUGUCUCGCUAAAAGUCCUCCUCCAAAUUCUUAUCUUGACCAAUCUUUGUUUAAUAUUUGUGUUCUCAUCUCGUAAGAAUCACACUGUUUUGUGAUUCUUUUAAUGUUAGACUUGACUCAAAUUUUUCUGUUUUUUAUUAUUUUUGUUAAUUUAUGUUGUUUUUAGUUUCUUGUUUUUCAUUAUAAGAUUCAUGUAAAUCAACUUGACAAUAAUAAUUAACGUAGUUCUUGUUAGGCUAAUGUCCUUGUCGGCCUGCUACAGCGGCAGCCACGGUGCAAAAAUGUUGCUCAACAGAGUAAUGGGACACCGUGGUCUGCCGCGCCAGCUGGCCGCCUUGGACCCAAUUUGGAGGAGGUAGGGCAAUAGGGACAACUAAAUAUUAGGCUAAUGAAGGGCACUUCUCUGCUGUCCUGCCAUUGCGGAACGUACGCUAAGGAGUGUGCAGCUAAUUGUGUUGUGACGUUUCGCAAUGGCAGGACCACUAGUUUAAUGAAUUUGCUAGAAAUGUAUUGCCCCGCUUUUAACGUCUUCUUAGUGUUGUGACUCUAUUUUUUUUUUGCCCAUGUUAAAUUUUUUUUUUAUAGAGCACAAAAUGGACAAGCGGUGGCGCCAAUUUACGAAGUGGAGAAGUGUCCUGUCUAGAUGCAUUAGUUAAGUUAUGAUAAGUAUGCACUUGACAAAUCCAUGUUUCCAUGUUUCCGUACCCUCAGGCCCGGUUGCUGCGUAGAUAUAUACGGGCUGGUUAACCCAUCUGUGAGUGAGUGUUCCUGGCAGUUGCUCAAAAAAGACGACCUUAGGGAUAAUGUUUAUAUUUAAAUUGUUGAGUUUCUUGAUUUUCCACUUUUUAUUUUGUCCAAAUUGUCCGUUUCACAUUCUUGACAAGGAAAAUCCAUCCCCAUUCAUAACUAUUCAUCCCUCUGACCAACCCCAAUUUUGCUCAGUGUAGCGCUUUUCUGACCAAUCUUGGUCCUCUUUACUCUCCCUCUUCAAGAGAGAGUCUCACCAACACAGUCGUGUUGUGUAGUUGGUCGAGUGCGGACGUGCCUUGCGCCCCACUCUCAGUCACAGUCUCAGUCAGAUCGUCGUGUUGUGUAGUUGGUCGAGUGCGGACGUGCCUUGCGCCCCACUCUCAGUCUCAGUCAGGCAGUCAGAUCGUCGUGUUGAUCAGUUGGUCGAGUGCGGACGUGCCUGCGCCCACUCUCAGUGUCAGCCCCAGUGUCAGUGUCAGUUUCAGUCCCAGUGUCAGUUGGCCGGUCGAGGGCUAACGUGCCCACGCCCCCGCCCAGUCCCGGCCGGAGCAGCCGCCAGGAGCGCAAGAUCACUAGCCUCCAGAGCCUGAUUUUCCGCCCGUGCUAGAGCCGCACACGCGCGCAGCAGCCGCGCCGAGGAGCCAGCCAGUAGGCCAGCAGGCCAGCGAGCCGUAAGCUAGCAAGUACCGCCACAGCCAAUUGUACAAGCAGCCGUAAGAACAAUCACAUACACAUACAUAUAUAUUUGGCGCCAAUUAUUGCGCACCUGUGUGUGUGCCUCAUAACCGUUUAUUCUGCAGCAACGGCAUCAUCACCAAUUUUGGCGGCCAAGUACAGCCACGGCAAAGCAUAUUGCACAAAAUUAGUCAAUUUUUGGCAAUUUUGGCGCAAUUGGAAGCGUCGCACAAAAGGAGGAGCAGGAGAACCGCUAUUCUAUUGGGCAUUUAAACGGCAGCCUAUCUGGAGAGAGGACCCAUCCCAGAGCAAAGAAAGGCGGAGCGAAGAAAACGAAAGAUGGCAAAGAGAGGCUUAAAUAAGGUUUGAACUCCAACAACAACAACAACAAUAGCAUCAACCUAGAUGACAUUUCUCCAACUGUUAGUGCUAGUUUGGAUAGCCAGGAUGCUCCUCAUUUGGAGCCAGCCAGUAUUGAGUGGGCGCGUAUUCAGGCUCUGGUCCAUUCUCCACCUUGGGUCACCAUCAACAACAACAGCAACAGGAAGCCGAGCGCGAUGAAGAAGAAGAAGGACUCACUUGGCAAUCCUAAGCCAUUUGUCCUUCUUAAGGAUGGCGACUUUCCUCCGCUUCCCCCCCCAAUGAAGACUCCGCUAUUUAAAAGUAAUUUUGCGCAGCAACUUUGUAGGGAAAAGGUGAUGAACAGCAAUAGCAACCAAAACAAUAAUAGUAUUGGCAACAGUAACGGCAACAACAACAACCAUGCCAAUGGUAGCAGCGCUACGAGGAAUAAUAACAAUUCAGCAAAGUUAGGUGCCGGUACUCCUAGGGUUAGAUGGAAAGAGGCUCCGUCUAACAGUAACUCCAAAUCGACGCCAUCUUUCAGAGCCAAAACUACACCCAUGCCAAUUCCUAGGAGAACUUUCUCUAGGUCCUCUUCCACUUCUGCCAGUGUCUCUAGCCAGUUGACUCAGUGUCAUCGGUGUCAAGCUUUCGGCCACUUCAAGAAUGACUGCAGACGCAAAUUCGUCUGCAUGAAGUGUGCUGGCCUCCAUCCUACAGUUGCCUGUCGAAAGCACAGGAAUACGCCCCCUAAAUGCUGUAACUGUGGCGGUCAGCAUAUCAGUGCGUAUAAAGGUUGCCCCUUUUAUUCCAAUUUGAAACGCAAAGCGCUAGGGUAUUCCAAUGAUAGGCAGUUGAAGGCCAGUCACCAACAAUCUAGAAGACACUCUGACAGAAACAAUCUUGCCAAUUUGCAGCUGAAAAGUCGCCAAUACCCAGUUCAUCAGCAGAGUCACAACCAACAACAGAGACAGAAUGCCAAUUAUUGGCAGCUAUUGCAAGACAACACCCCAUCAAUUAGCAAUAGAAGAUCGUGGAAUACUGAAUCUAGGCCAAGGAAGAAUCUUAACUACCGACAGAAUUACAGACAGGACCGAAGGAUCACCAAUAGGAGAACCACUAGGCAACAGUCCGCCCCUAGUUAUCCCAUUUCCAGGUCAGCCAAUAAGAAUCCUGCUGAGGCUCACUUGGCUCGAUUCCAGGCAAAACUCCUUGCAGAGCGCGCUAGGGAAUCAGGUGAACCUAAUGCUAGUGAUAAACCUCUACACCUAGCUCUACAACCUGUUAAUGAGGCCAAUGCAACAAGUGCUAUGAACAUCAAUACUAGGGGGCCUCAACACAAAGCUUCUUCUAUCGCCAACAGUAAUUGCUGCCACUUACAGCACCUAACGCAGUCCCUUGACGAGCUUAAGGCGCAACAGGACAAGACUCAUGAAAGGCUGGACAAAUUUGAGCGUCUUUUUAACAAACUCUUUAAAUCACUUAAGAAAAUUUCGGCCACGCUAGAUUUAACAGGAUUGUCCCUCAAUUUGCACCUGGAAAGCGACCAAAGCGAUCAUUCCCUGCCUGGUGAUCUCUUCGAUACCACCGUUGGAGAAUCUUACAUGGAGAUCAGCCUGGCCAAUGACUCCAGGAGCGCCUGAGCCAGGAUAAUAUGCGCCAGCCCCACCCGACUAGGCAGCAGACCAUCAUGGGUCUUUGGAUUGGGCUCGGAUUGCCGGUGGUGUUUUUGCUUUGCAGCUGAUUGUUACUAUAGUCCCAGGAAACACCGAUUUCAAAUUAACUACUGCCUUGCCACUCAGCUGCCGUCAUGAUUCUGUCCUCCAGUGGGGCCACUUUUCCUUCACCUGCAGGAAGUUGCCCAGUAGUAGGAAUUGCCAAUUGCAGAAUUUUAGCUACGCCCUCCUAGCGCCACCUAUGGGCGUACGUUUCGACCUCUUGUGAAAAAACCUCACCUGAGGGUCGAAAUUUUUAAGGAGCACUGCCAUUAAGUCUGGAUGUCAUCCAACACCAGCAGGAUGAUGCUGUGGACCAGAAAAUGCCAAUUGUUGAAUUCUUGCCACGCCCCCUUAGCGCCACCAUGGGCGUAUGUAUUGGGCACAUAUGAAAAAUCUCAUGUGUUGCCCACUACUUCUUGGGUAUGGCAAAAAUUUUAUGGAACGCUGUUUUCCACCUCGGAUGCUAUUCAACACCUUCAGGAGGACCUUAAGGACUAGCCAACACCAAUUAUGGAAUUUUUGCCACGCCCCCUUAGCGCCACCAUGGGCGUAUGUAUUGGGCACAUAUGAAAAAUCUCAUGUGUCGCCCACUACUUCUUGGGUAUGGCAAAAAUUUUAUGGAGCGCUGUUUUCCACCUCGGAUGCUAUUCAACACCUUCAGGAGGUCCCUUAGGACCAGGAUACACCAACUCCGGAAUUUUUGCCACGCCCCCUGAACGCCACCAUGGGCGUAUGUUUUGACCUCUUGUGAAAAAAUUUCACCUGAGGGUCGAAAUUUUGAAGGAGCACUGCCAUUCAAUUUAGAUGUCAUCCAAUACCAGCAGGAUGAUGCUUAGGACUGGAUUGGAUCAUUUGCAGAAUUUUAGCCACGCCCUCCUAGCGCCACCAUGGGCGCUUGUAUUGGUCACAUAUGAAAAAUCUCAUGUGUUGCCCACUACUUCUUGGGUAUGGCAAAAAUUUUAUGGAACGCUGUUUUCCACCUCGGAUGCUAUUCAACACCUUCAGGAGGUCCCUAAGGACCAGGAUACACCCACUGCUGAAUUUUUGCCACGCCCCCUUAGCGCCACCAUGGGCGUAUGUUUUGACCUCUUGUGAAAAAAUUUCACCUGAGGGUCGAAAUUUUGAAGGAGCACUGCCAUUCAAUUUAGAUGUCAUCCAAUACCAGCAGGAUGAUGCUUAGGACUGGAUUGGAUCAUUUGCAGAAUUUUAGCCACGCCCUCCUAGCGCCACCAUGGGCGCUUGUAUUGGUCACAUAUGAAAAAUCUCAUAUGUUGACCACUACUUCUUGGGUAUGGUUAAAAUUUUAUGGCGCGCUGUUUUCCACCUCGGAUGCUAUUCAACACCUUCAGGAGGUCCCUAAGGACCAGGAUACACCCACUGCUGAAUUUUUGCCACGCCCCCUUAGCGCCACCAUGGGCGUAUGUUUUGACCUCUUGUGAAAAAAUUUCACCUGAGGGUCGAAAUUUUGAAGGAGCACUGCCAUUCAAUUUAGAUGUCAUCCAAUACCAGCAGGAUGAUGCUUAGGACUGGAUUGGAUCAUUUGCAGAAUUUUAGCCACGCCCUCCUAGCGCCACCAUGGGCGCUUGUAUUGGUCACAUAUGAAAAAUCUCAUGUGUUGACCACUACUUCUUGGGUAUGGUUAAAAUUUUAUGGCGCGCUGUUUUCCACCUCGGAUGCUAUUCAACACCUUCAGGAGGUCCCUAAGGACCAGGAUACACCCACUGCUGAAUUUUUGCCACGCCCCCUUAGCGCCAUCAUGGGCGCAUGUUUUGACCUCUUGUGAAAAAAGUUCACCUGAGGGUCGAAAUUUUGAAGGAGCACUGCCACUCAAUUUAGAUGUCAUCCAAUACCAGCAUGAUGAUGCUUAGGACUGGAUUGGACCAUUUACAGAAUUUUAGCCACGCCCUCCUAGUGCCACCACGGGCGUUUGUAAUGGCCACACGUGAAAAUUCACACUUGAUGGUCAUUUCCACUGGGUAUGGCUGGAAUGUUACGGGGCUCUAUCAUGCGUCCAGGAUGACUACCAUCGCCUGCAGGAUGAAGCUAAGGACUGGUAAACAUCAACUCCUGAAUUUUAGCCACGCCCCCUUAGCGCCACCAUGGGCGUAUGUUUCGACCUCUUGUGAAAAA